AUGCAUAUCUUGAGCUUCGUCUCGGCCUUCAGCCUGGCCAGCCUGGCCCUGGCAAGCCCAGUGGAGGUGGCGGAGCGUCAAGCCCAAAAGCUGCGGAUCAUGCCCCUGGGCGACAGCAUCACCGAGAUCACCUGCUGGCGCGCCUUCGUGUGGGACCAGCUGGCCGCGGCCGGGCUGGCCGACCAGGUGCAGUACGUCGGGUCGCAGAACAGCAACCCGCAGGGCUGCCAGCCCCAGACCGCCAACUGGGACCAGCACCACGAGGGCCACUCUGGCUGGCUGGCUAUCGACAUCGCCAACAACUACCUGGCCAACUGGCUCCGGAGCACGCCUGCCGACAUUGUCAUGUUCAUGCUGGGCACCAACGAUGUCGUGCGCGGGCACACUACGGAUGAGAUCAUCAACGCCUACACCAAGAUGGUCGAGAUCAUGCGAGCGGCGAACCCAAACACCAAGAUCAUUGUCGACCUCGUCAUCCCGCUCCCCUUCUCCAACGGCCCGAUCCAGGCCAUCAACUCGCGCAUCCCCCAGUGGGCCGCCGGCCUCAACUCGACCGAGUCGCCCAUCGUCGUCGCCGAUUGCUACCAGGGCUUCACCUCUUCCAUGCUCCGCGACGGUGUGCACCCCAAUCUCGAAGGCGACCGCCUCAUCGCCUCGCGCGUCGGUCCGCUGCUGCUGGAUUACGUCAAGCAGUCGCUGGGUCAGUAA